CAAUCCGGCUAAAAACCCCCGUCUUUUGCACCUCGCCAACCCAUAGUUACAACAAGACAAGCAAAAAAAAGACAAAUCCAAACUCUCCGCUCAAGACACAAUGGCCGCCAUCAGCAAGCAACUCAUUGCCACUCGCGCCGUGAGCGAGUUGGUCAAGCGCAAGAACUGGGCCGCCAGAGAGCCCGGUGUCAUUGUCGUCUUCUGCAUCGUCUUCGUCGUUGCUGUUGGUCUCAUUGGUCUGUUCAUCCACAAGCAGUGCGCCAAGAGACGGGCAUCCAAGUCUCAGAUCUAGGCGACGACCUGAGGCUUGGGGAAGAGGGGGUUGGACUAGGGGAUGUUGAACGGGAGAGGGGACGCAGUAAUGGACCGUGAUUGUUAAAACGGCGAAAUGGUGUUGCGCGACAUUUCAAGCGUGGUUAUAAACAGCGACACGUCGCGUCACGCAGCCGCCCAAAGGAUAAUGUUUUCACCUGGCCACGAGCCAACACCAACCAGUCGUCAUCUCGUCGUCAAGCUUUUGUCAACACACAUGCGCGAUGUAUUGGAGCUCGCAUGGCCAUGUACAUAUACGCAUGCAUACUGGCUCACGUCGCGCACACACUCUCACUCACCGCCGCUCGAUGGGUCGUGUGAGGAGCGUUAUUGGUGUCGGAGAUUUAUGGAAAGGCGCGCUCGUGCUCGUGGCCACAGGAUGCUAUGUUCUCUAUAUUCUAAUACUCCUGAUACCUCAUACAACAAUCUAGUUUUAUUAAACCAUAUUAUAAAUUAUAUAAAGCUUUUCCUAUUGUUCAAAC